AUGUGACAUUCAAACUCAGAAUCUUGCUGUAAAGCACAUCUCCUGUCACCAUGUCCCACAACUGCUGCUCUGGAAACAUCUCCUCUCAGUCCCUUGGGGGGUUCCUGCGCUACCCAGGAUCUUCCUGUGGAUCUCUCUACCCCAACAACCUGUUCCUCAGCACUAAUCUCCACUCUCCCAGCAGGUGCCAGCUGGGCUCCUCUCUCUACAGUGGCUGUCAGGAGACCUGCUGUGACCCCACCGGCUUCCGGACAUCCUAUCUGGUGUCCAGCCCCUGCCAGACGUCCUGCUACCAACCAAGGACCUCCAUGUUCUACAGCCCCUGCCAGACAAUGUAUUCUGGGUCUCUGGACUUUGGCUCCAAUGGCUUUCAAUCUUUUGGUUAUGGCUCUCCCUUUCUGGGUUUUGGAUCCAGUGGUUUCCAAUCAAUGGGGUGUGGUCCCAAUGCUUUUUCAUCCCUGAGUUGUAGAUCGAGCUUUUAUCGUCCAAUGUCCUUCUCUUCUAGAAGUUGCCAGUCUGCUUUUUACCAACCAACCUGUGGAUCUGGCUUCUACUAAUCUUAUGGUUGAACAUAAUACCUCCUAUGUCUAGAAAUUUAACGCAAUAACUACUAUAUCAAGAUCCAUGCGACCUAUUGAUCUCCUGUCCUAUCAUUAGCUUACAAAUUUGACUUAUACUGUUACCUAUUAUGGAUUAGAAAUAACUUGAGUUCCAGUAAUUGGAAAAUACAUUCAUUGAAGAAAGAUGUUGAAGCAGUUUUCUUGUAGUUAUAUAGAUGUAGUACUGAGGCAUGUUUCUUUCUUAAUAUCAACUAGUUAUUUCUUCUAGUGCAUUUGUUUCAAAUUUUACAAAAUGGAAAAAUAUAAGUUUAAAUAAAAAUAUAUUAUAUGACCUUCA